GUUGAAAGCGGAGGUGGCGUGAGUCUGCACGCGCUCUGCUGUCAGGGACAGAUGUUUGACAAGCUCACCGGAGGCACGAGCGCACAUUUCUAACCUUUUCAGUUGUUUGUUCAUACAUAAAGAAUAAGAAUCUGUCUUGCCAUCUGUUUUGGCAAGAUUAGAACAGAACACAAAAAAAAAGAGAAAAGAAGACAUAUUGUCUUGGUACUAACUGGCUUGGAUGGUCAUGGGGCGUCAAUGACUGAUGACUUUUGAAUCUGAACAUUUUAAGAUGUCAGAAACAGGAGAAUCUGAAAAUAUCCCAGAAUGCACUGUGGAGGAGACUUCACCUCCAUGUUGUACCACAGACAGAGAUGACUGUCAUAAAUCCACCCAGCCAAAAUCAGAUGAUAACCAUCGACAACUCAAAAAGAAACUGAAGGCCAAAGGAAAAUUAGUUCGGAGCACAGCUGUGUGUGAUGAGUCUUUAUCCACUGAAGAGAACAGUAAGGAGAAAGAGUGCAAGACAACUGUAUCUAGUAACCAUGGUGACAGUCUUGAGUGCAAUGAGGAGGAAGAGGAGACACACAUCACAUCGAAAAAAACAAAUUUAUCUAAAGAGCCCAGUCUGGAGUACACCGACUCCACAGGCAUUGAUCUGGAGGAGUUCUUAAUCACUACUUUGAAAAGCAGUCCCAGAGACAGACUGAUGCUUCUAAAACUCGAGCAAGACAUGACUGAUUUUAUGACAGACAACAGUUCCUAUAAAAAGUUCCCUCAGAUGUCCUCGUAUCACAGGAUGCUGGUCCACAGGGUUGCAGCUUAUUUUGGUCUGGAACACAAUGUGGAUCACAGUGGAAAAGCGGUUAUCAUCAACAAAACCUGCAAUUCCAGGAUACCAGAACAUCGGUUUGCUGAACAUGUUCAGGAGGAGAGAACAGAGGAAAGAAGAUCAAUACUAAAGAGAGGCACCAGUCAGGAGAAAGAAGACAGUCAGCUGAGGGUUCCAUCUCUCAAAGAACAAAUGAGGAGCAAGUCAAUCGAGGAGAGAGAGGAGGAAUACCAGAGAGUCAGAGAACGCAUAUUCUCACAGGAUUCCACUUGUCUUUCGCAGAGUGUGUAUAUUGAGACCAGAGGUCUAGAUGAUAGCACUAUUCUCAGUGAGACCCAGAGAAAACGGCAGCUAUUUAGGGGUAACAGGGAUGGCUCGGGACGGCUGUCUGGCAGCAGGCAGAGCAGCUUUGAGCUGGACUCUCACUGGAAUGACCCUCGACCUUGGAGCAGCACAGAUUCUGACAGCCCGACAUGGACCUCUAAAUCUGCACAUGCUCGUUCAGACAGCAGCUCCAAACUCUGCAAUCCAGUGUCUGAGUCAGCUCUAUCAUACGCUCCACCCAACAACAGCCAUGCUUACAUUAUCGUGCCUGCUGAGUCAUCAAUACCGCCUGGGAGCAUCUUAUUGAAUCCACAUACAGGGCAGCCAUUUCUGAAUCCUGAUGGGUCUCCAGCUGUUUACAACCCACCAGUAAGUCAGAAGUCAUGUGACCAGCUUAACCCAGUACAGUCACAAGCCCCGCCCCCUGCACCUCAGCAGCAGCCAGGAGCAAGCCAUGGGGUCCCACAGGUUCAAUACUCCUCUGUGACAUACCUUCCACCUCAGCAGUUAAACAUUUCUACCUCCCAGCAACACCCAACAGAGCAGAUUAGGGAAGACAUUACUGCUAAGUUUGGUCACAUGACCCUGAGUCACCGGUCGUCAUCGGAGGAUCUUCCAGAUAUGUCCUCAUUCUACAUGCAAGGAGCUCCACCCACACACAGCUAUGCUCCACCCCACCACAAUUACGCUCAGUCUCACCAUUCAGACAGUUACAUUACCCCUGGAGUGACACUGGCUCCUCCCACAGCCCCGCCUCCUCAGAGUCAGCAGAGCAGCCAGGUUUCAGUGUACAGUUACCCUGUUCAGUGUCCCAGUGCAUCUCAACAAUACACAGCAGCCAGUUACAAUACACAAACAGUAUACCCGCCUGUUAUCUCAAACCAACAAGGCUGUCCAGGCAUGAUGGGAAGUCAGAUUCUGCCCCAAACACAGCCUGGCAUUAUGGGACCUUACCCAUCCAUAUCCUCCUAUCAGGUAUCACAGCAGCAGCAACAGCAACAACAACAACAGUCCUAUCCUGCAAUGCUGAUGUCAGGACAAAGUGGGCAGACGCAGUGUUUGGUGCCACCUGCAGGAGUUCAAAUAUACUGCAGCUCUUUGGUCCCUUCUUCCCCUCCACCACUUAAUGUGAUGGGGGUCUCCUUCCAGUCAAGUAGCUGCAAAAAUGGCUGUAGUGUAAAUCAGAACCAGUGCUGGUACUAAGAGACACUAUGGGUGCACAUAUAGUGUUGAUAUGAAUUCAUAUGCAUUCAGUAUUUGUAGCUACACAAUAAUGUUCCCUACAGUCUGUAGCACUCGAGUCUGAUGACGCCUUCCUUCAGAUUCAACCUUUUCUACUUUGUCCGUAACAUGUUUUGAAUUUUACUUUACAUGGACAUUGAUAGCAUCAUGUCUAAAUAGCUGUUAGGGCAUAAUUUAUUUUUUAUUACUUGUUUUGCUUAAUAUAGAUAACAUGUUAUAUUUGAAUGGUAUGUAAUACUGUAUUUAUCUUGUUUAUAGAGGUCUAUAUUACAUACAUUGGGAAUGAAACUAGAUUCAGUGUUUUCAGUUAUCAAAACAUGUCAACCAUUUAAAAAAAAAAUUGGUUUGUUUGUUUUACGGAAUUUUAUUAAGAUAUAUAACAUCUGACCAGACUGGACAAUAUUUAAGUGGUAAUUCCUAAAUAUUUGGCCAUUUAAUUGGUAAUUAGCUUGAUGGAAGAUUGUAUGUUUUAAUAACAUUCAUAAUAGGGUCAGCUGAUGUUCACAUGGGCGUUUUAUUGGGGUGUUGCAAACAUUUUACAUUGAAUUUGGCCUUUUCAUACAUACAAGGAAAUGUAAUUACAUUUUAGGAGAGUAGUUUUGAUUAAAUGAGUUUGACUACGAUUAAGACGUAGAUUUUUUUUAAGAACUCAAUAUAACGCCCUCUGUUGCUUAUAAGAGAACACUACAAUAACAAAGCGUUAAUCGUGAACGAAUCAUUAAGACGGAUUUAACUGCAUUAUUGAAAAGAUCCGAGUCAGAACGAUUCAUUCACAAAUCUAUUAUCUCUAUUUAUGACGUGAAUUUUAAGAAUCGUGAGUCCAGUGAAUUUUUACUGAUAAAUAAUUGUCUGACCGUGGAGAUUACCUUCCGACAGACAGGUCGUGUGCUUUCUAUCAACUGUUCUGAACUGAAUUUGUUCGUGAUUCAAUUUGAUUCACUUGGACGGCCAAAUAUUCCCUUUUGUGGAACAGCACGAGGGUGAGUAAACGAUGAUAUCACGUUAUGUUGGGAUAUAAAUUUUACCUUUAAAUAAAAAUAAAACAAAAAAGC